UGCAGAGAGAACUCGGGAGCAACGCCUGAGCCGAGCAGCACCGCGGACAGCGCCCGGCAGCGCCCGCCCAGCUCCUCCUGCGCAUCCCAGACACCCACCCCGUGGUUCUUGCACGGACACACUCAUUCACUCACUCACACACGCAGACACACCGCCGCUGUACCAUGGCAGAAUCCCACCUGCAAUCAUCCCUCAUCACAGCCUCACAGUUUUUCGAGAUCUGGCUUCACUUCGACGCUGACGGAAGUGGUUACCUGGAGGGAAAGGAGCUGCAGAACUUGAUCCAAGAGCUCCUGCAAGCGCGAAAGAAGGCUGGAUUGGAAUUAUCACCUGAGAUGAAAACUUUUGUGGAUCAAUAUGGGCAGAGAGAUGAUGGAAAAAUAGGAAUUGUAGAGUUGGCUCAUGUGUUACCCACAGAAGAGAAUUUCCUGCUGCUCUUCCGAUGCCAGCAGCUGAAGUCCUGUGAAGAAUUCAUGAAGACUUGGAGAAAAUAUGAUACUGAUCACAGUGGCUUCAUAGAAACUGAGGAACUUAAGAACUUUCUAAAGGACCUGCUAGAAAAAGCUAACAAGACUGUUGAUGACACCAAACUAGCUGAGUACACAGACCUAAUGCUAAAACUGUUUGAUUCAAAUAAUGAUGGGAAGUUGGAGCUGACUGAGAUGGCCAGGUUACUACCAGUGCAAGAGAAUUUUCUUCUUAAAUUUCAGGGAGUCAAAAUGUGUGGAAAAGAGUUCAACAAGGCUUUUGAAUUAUAUGAUCAGGAUGGCAAUGGAUACAUAGAUGAAAAUGAACUGGAUGCUUUACUGAAAGAUCUCUGUGAGAAGAAUAAACAGGAACUGGAUAUCAAUAAUAUUACAACCUACAAGAAGAACAUAAUGGCUUUGUCGGAUGGAGGAAAGUUAUACCGAACAGACCUGGCUCUUAUUCUCUCUGCUGGAGACAACUAGGGUUGGUGACACCAGCCACAAGCUAGUGAUACAUUUUAUCUAAAAAAAAUAACUGUGCACUAUAAAGGAGUAGGCUGUAUUUUCUUUUAUAUCUGUAAAUUUCACUGCAUAUAGAUAAUUAUCCAGGAUGUGUGGCAUAUUCUUUUCUGCUUGUUUCUAUACUGUUUGUAAUGUACAGUUUUUGUAACUAUAUGAUUGAAAAGGAGAAAGCCUAUGCUUUGACCAGUCAGUAUACCCAAUUAAAAAAUAUAUAUAUAUACUUGUUUUCAUGAAUACAGUUGGAUGUUGAUUUUUCCAAAUAUUUCAUCAGACUUAAUAUUUAAAACUCUAGCCUCUGAUGUAUAAAUGCAUAUUUGUCACUGAAUAAGAGAAUAAUUAUGAUAAUCCAAGCAUUCUUAGACAAUCAUCUGACUAUUCUAUAAAAUAUUACUAAAUUAUUGUUCAUAGCUAUUAGGAGAAAUGUACUUUUACAUCUAAAAUACCUAAGUAUCAAUAUCUCAAUAAAGAUUCAUUUGUGUCUUUCAGAAGUUAGUUGUCUCCCUGGAGAUUCAGUUUACUAAUCAUUUGAAUCAAAAUCAAGUGAUUAUGUCAAGUUGAUUUGUUAAUAAGGGAUGGUAGCACGAGAUGACUCAAAACUCUGCCUGACUUGACAUUGAUAUUUCCAACAUGUCCACUGUCAGAAAGUAUGACAUUAUUCCAUUUUCUAAACUAUUUCAUGUGUUUCAAAUUAUAAUUAUUCUAGUAAACUGCUGUCUUGUGUCAUGUCUUGUGUGUAACCUCCAAUUAAAUUUAUGAUGCUGAGUAUCCUAGUGUCUAGUUUGCAUACUUCCUGGAUUUUCUUUCUAUGUAGAACUGUUCAUUUCCACCACAGGUAUCUGCCACUUCUGAAAAUAUUUUUUCUAGCUAUAACAACUCUAUUUUUUACUAUAUAACUGAAUUUUAAUGUAAGAUUCACAGCAUCCUGAUGACUGUUCUAUUGCCAAUACUUUGGUGUAUUCUGUGGAUUCUCUAUUUCAUACUGAGAUCAGCAUUCAAAAUAGCUGUUUCUAACUGCAAAUAGUUUCAAAUGAGUUAACACUAGCAUCUGAAGAGAAAUGCUAACAUAAUUAUUUGACUAGCCAGAGAUUCCCAACCCCCCCCCCUUAACCCACAUCUAAGUGACAGUUUCACAUAUUUAUAAUUAGAAUAUCCUAUCCUGUUUGUAGUUGACUUGUAAUGGCUGGUGGUUUUAGAUUCUUUGAUUGUGAAGCAAGGAACAAUGACAGAAAUGUCUGUGAAAUUUAGUUACUGCAAAAGAGUUCAUGAUGAUCCUAGGUCAGCUUCAAUGUUCCCAUUUUACACAUUUUUUUUAAGAUUUAU